AUGCAGGCAAAAGUAGCUGUUGUCACAGGCGGUGCAGAUGGAUUCGGAGCUACCAUAACAGAUCGGUUCCACGAUGAGGGCUACCAAGUAAUAAUUAUCGACAUCAAUAGAGCGAAAGGGGAGCAGAAAGCCUCCGGUGGUCCAAAUUUACACUUCUUAUUCGGAGAUGUGACUCAACAAGAAACAUGGGACCAAGCAUUGGCGCUUUCCCGAGACAAGUUCGGUCGCCUGGAUGUUGUGGUCAAUAAUGCAGGAAUUACCGGGGCACAGAGCCCCGUCCAUACGAAAGACAUGCUUGAAUACGAGCGUACAUUCAAUGUGAAUGUGAGGCCGAUAUUCUGCAGUGCCCGAGCUAUUGUUCCAUAUAUGAUUGAGCAGGGAAAUGGUGUUUUUGUUAACAUUGCAAGUACCGGGUGUACCCGCCCCCGUCCAGGAUUCGCCUUUUACAAUGCUUCGAAGGCGGCAGUGAACGUCGCAACCAAAACAAUGGCAUUAGAGUAUGCUCCCACCAUCCGAUUCAAUUGUAUUGCACCGGCAGUCGGCAAUACAUCGAUGCUACAAGCAAGCAUUGGCAGUGGUGCGGAUUCGCAGGAGCGGCUACAGAAGAUCGAGGAUCUGCUGCCGAUGAAACGAGUUGCUCAGCCAAUAGACAUUGCAAAUGCUGUGUGGUAUCUGGCGACAGACCAGAGUUCUUUUGUGACCGGGACCACCUUGGAGGUAGAUGGAGGACGUGGAAUAUAA